AUGGGGCCCGGAGGACAAAGACGAGGAUCACAGUGCUGGUUAGCCCUCUGUUUUUCUGUGAUGUUCAGCUGCGUGGAGCGGAUUUCAGCUCAGAUAAAAUACUCGGUUCCAGAGGAAGUGAGAGUGGGAUCUAUUGUUGGAAAUGUCGCCAAGGAUCUGGGAUUGGACAUCAGCUCGCUGGAGGAACGACGGUUUCGUAUAGUCUCGGGAUCUAAAGAUGCUCAGUUUGAAGUAAAUCAGAACAAUGGCGUCUUGUAUGUGCAUAAGAAUAUCGAUAGAGAGGACCUCUGUGGGAGCGUUUCACCUUGUUUAAUGAACCUAAAAAUGGUGGCCGAGAACCCCAUGGAAAUACAUUAUGUGGGAGUUGAAAUCAUAGAUGUAAAUGAUAAUUCGCCGAGCUUUCAAGAGGAAGAAAAAAUAUUAGACAUUUCUGAGUCCACUGCGCCAGGUAAAAGUUUCCACUUGCCAACCGCGCACGAUCCAGACGUUGUCAUUAAUACUGUGCGAGUGUAUAAAUUAAAUCAGAACGAAUAUUUUAGUAUACAAAUGCGAGAGAGAGGGGAGGACAAGAUACCAUUCUUAGUCCUGCAAAAGGCUCUGGAUCGAGAAAAGCAUCAUGAGCACAAAUUGAUUCUGACAGCAGUUGACGGUGGAAAUCCACCGAGAUCAGGGACGCUUAAUGUCACAGUCAUCGUUCUCGAUUCAAAUGACAACCAUCCUACAUUUAGUCAAGACGUUUAUUCAGUGACAAUACCUGAAAAUGUAGAUUCAGAUACAAGUGUAACGACGGUAAAGGCAACUGAUGUGGAUGAGGGUGUAAAUGGAGAUAUUGAAUAUUCAUUCGGUGGUCAACUUGACCGGACAAUAUAUGAUAUGUUUAGCUUAGAUAAAGACACAGGAGAAAUUCGAGUAAAAGGAAAUAUUGAUUUUGAGAAGGUUGAAGUUUUUAAAUUGGACGUCCACGCCACUGACAAAGGCCAGCCUCCAAUGAGCACUGAUUGCAGGGUGAUCAUCAAAGUGCUCGACAAAAACGACAAUAAACCUCAAAUAGAGGUGACAUCCCUGUCAAACAUGGUAUCUGAAGACUCAAAGCCUGGGACUGUGGUUUCUCUUAUCAGUAUUACUGACCAAGACGCCGGUGUAAACGGUAAAGUUAUAUGUAGUCUUUCAGAUAAUGUGCCAUUUGAGUUAAAACCAUCAUAUCAAGAUAAUAUGUACUCUUUGGUGUUGACACAGCAUUUGGAUCGAGAAUCAGUUUCGCAUUAUGACAUCACAAUAACAGCGACAGACUGCGGUCAGCCUCCUCUCUCUACAUUCAAAACUCUAAGUAUUGAUGUUUCUGACGUGAAUGAUAAUAUACCAGAAUUUUUGCAUAAUCCAAUUGAACUUUACUUGGUAGAAAAUAACGUGGCUGGAAACUCGAUAUUCUCUGUUACUGCUUCAGAUAAAGACUUGAAUGAAAAUGCGGCUUUAAGGUAUCAUAUAAUCAGAGAGGAAGGUAGUCAAGUCAAAAUCGCAGCAUUUUUAAAUAUAAAUCAAGAUAAUGGACAUAUUUCGGCGCUAAAAAGUUUUGACUUUGAAACUCUGAAAACUUUCCAGUUCCAAGUUGUUGCCACAGAUUCUGGAACUCCGUCACUAAGCAACAACGUC